GGUGAGGAACAUUGUAAUGCCAUAUGCUUCCGAAAGCAAAUGGGUGAAUCCACCAUCCAGUCGUCCGAUUCUUAUAAUCACUGUGUGGGAUGCAGUGGCCCUGCUUUGGACGUACAGUAUAAGUCGCCCUCCAAAAAUGAAAUGCAAUUACAAGAUAAAGCCUCCAAGAAAGAAAUUCAAAAAUCAAGCUGCAUAUCUGGUGAAAAUGUUGUCGAUCCUUGCGGUCAAGAUUACGGAAAUGGAGAUGAAUCAGUAUGUUCGCCCAACCGCGAUAAAUCUCACAUUUUCCACUCGGAGGAACAACAUCAAGAAUUACCUUUCCGGAGUAUCGAUUCGUGGCAAGUGGGGAGUGACGAAAGAAGAGAGAAGACAGUUAUUUGAAGUGAACAAACGGGCAGCAGAGAGGAGAGUAAAAACGAUGAAAUCAAUGUUUUCCAAUUCCAAACCGAGGAAAAAAUGGAGGGUUGCAAAAAUUCCUGGGGCCAUUGUUCAGAGUCGGUACCAUGGUGUGCUCUUCAUGGGAAGAAAACUACCCGAAAUCGCCGUGCUACUUUGUAUUCCCGGACAGUAA